AUCGGCCGGAAGCUGAGUGAGCAGACAGGAACAACAAAGAAGGGAAAGUGCCCGGGUUUUAACACGGCGGAACACUUCUCCAAGAGAAUAACGUGUCGCUCACAGUGAGUACAGUUUUCUCUGUUUUAAUGAGGCUGAUAUCCCGGACAUUUAUUAAAGCUGAAACCGUGUAGGUGAUGUUGCGUUCACGGCUCCGCGCGGCCGCUAUCUGCUCUGCCGUUAUUACAUUCUCAGCUAACUGCUAAUGUUAGCGCUCCGCUAUGGAGGCAGACAGACACACAGAGGGACAAUUAACGGGAAUAAAACACCAGACUUUAAUGAAGCACCGAGUGGCAACAAUGAAAUUCACAUAAAAAAGGAGUUACGUCUUAUUUACCGGUUUUAUUCAGGGACGUGAAUGCAACAUUUCUAUUUAAAUCACUGCCUGUCUUCAUUCUGAACAUUAAACACUAAAAUAUCCUCUAAUCUGCUCAAUUAUCACACUCAUGAGUCUGUAUGGACUCUAAAAUACUGACAUCUGUCCUCCUGAGCAUGCAGUCAUCUAAUCCCGGUCAGCUGUGAAAGCUGGGGUUUCCACACUCUUUGUUUUGGCCUAAAAUAGCUCCUGUUAGUCUACAGCAGGCUCCCACUCUUAUUAUUAUCAUCUGUGUGUUUGUGCAAGCUCUGCUGUGUGUCACAGUCCUCCCUCUGCAGCUCACAGAAAAACACACAGAGGGAGUUUAUCUGAAGAAGAAAGAAGGAGGACUGAGAGACUGCAAAAUAAGGAAGAUUCUAAAAUCCUUAAAACUCUGGUACUCUUCAGAUCAUGAGGACUGUGAUAUAUCAGCAGGGAGUGAUAUUGAAAUACCACCUGCACAUUAUGGAAUAAAUAUUAGCAAUGGAAAAAAUCAGUCCACCUCCUACCAUGAUAAACAGGUUUUCUUAAAUCCCCCUUAAUCAAUCAAUCAAUCAGUCUUUUGUUACAUAGCACUUUUCAUACACAACCAUGUAAGGAAGAAACUAAUAAUACCUAAAUCAACCCUUAUCCAAGACACAAAGAAUACCCAAAUCUACCCCAACUCAAGAUUAAAAGAAAGCAAUAAAAACUAAGGGUAAAAUACCAACAUGGUGAGUAAUAUUGCACUUUCUUGAGGUAGAGUGGUUAUGGAAUGAAAACCAAAUGAUUUAAUAAAAAGAUGUAUGUUCUUAUUUACACAUAAUAAACAGUAAAAACAGGAGCACAGUGCAGCAGAGUGGGAGUGGGGGGUUAUACGGAGGGUCGUUUGGUGUUUAACAGUCUGAUGACGGGGGGUAAUGUUGGUGCUUUAACUGAUCUUGGCAGAAAACAAGAAAUUAUUCCUAAACAAAGAAAGUGAUAAUAACAAGAGGUAAGCAGCUGGUACACCAAAGAAAUUCAGUCUCUGCAGGAGGGACUAAGUGGUAACAGUGAAAUCUGCUCAUGGAUCUCUUAACUAACACCAUCUGUCCCUCCUCUCUUCAGUGAGGUGUUAUCAGGUAUUAAUACAGCAAAUGUAAUCUUUCUCACUGAAUUAAUACAGACAGGACCCAUCCUGGACUCUCUCUCUUCGGUGUAUGAACUACGCCUCCACAUGUUGGAGGGAUUUAAGAGAACUGAAAGUCCUUUUUCAAACCAGCAGCAGAUAAAAAAAGAGGUUCAAACAGACUCAACAGAUCAAAAAUCUGCCUAAAUAUCUGAACAAAUGCUGGUGUGCCUUUGCAUCAGAAUAAUCUGCCAAGAGUAAUCAUAAAAUACAGUUUGUACCAGAUUCUUUUAGAUGGUGGACGGAUCAGGUUUUCAUGGCCGGUGCAGAUACCUAUAAAUAUCUUAAAUAUCUUUUUUAAAAUAGAAAUAUCAACGGAAACAUAUUUGGCUCAGUAAAAUAUCACCACAAGUGGUGUUGGAGUUUCUCUCCAGUGAAGUCAAAUCGAUCAGUCAAUCAAAUUUUAUUUAUAAAGCACCAAUUCACAACAGUCGUCAUCCCAAAGAAAAAGCAGGUCUGGACCACGCUCAUUGAUAAAUUAUCAAGACCCAACCUUAAGCUGAGAGCUGGGAUUUGACCAAUCUUAUCGAACAUGACAGCGGCGAGGAAAAACUUUCUUUUAACAGGCAGAAACCUUGAGAAGGACCAGACAAGCUGCUGUUGGGUUUGGUAGAAAUACAGAGUGACAAUAUUAGAUAAGAGAGUAAACAAUAGAAGGUCAAUAUUGGGGUUUAAAUCAAACAGAUUAGCAGAUAUUUCUGUCAGGAGCAAAUUAAACUUCAUUUAUUCUUCCCAUUAUGAAAUGAAACGCUCGCCAGUAACUGUUUGAGAUUUAAUUUGCUGUUGUUUAGGACGGUGGAAGUUUGUUUUUAUUCAUAUUAAUGCUGAUAUCGGCCUUCUGAGAGCCAAUAUAUGAAGCUGAUGAAGCCAAGAAGCCAUUGAUCAGUUCGGUUAAUGGACCUAAAGAUUGUUGGUCGGACUAUCAGCUGUUAUAUAUAUAUACCUCACAACGAUAGCACAGCUUUCAAUCAGGGGAAAUCACAGAGUCAGAGACUUAUUCUGAACCGUAAAGCACUCAUGGUUUGAAAGCUUUGAAUCUUCGCCCCCCUCUGUUUUGACACCAUCAGUUUGUUGUUGGUUUUCAACGUCACGUUACCUCUCACUCUCUUUCCACAGGACAGAAGAAUUUGGUUUGCAUGUGAGGGCAAGAGUCUGCAGAGCCAACCAUGGCGAACAAUGCAGAGGAUAUUGAGAACAAUAUAGUAAGUAUGGAAGUCUCCACAACGCUCUGUCUGUCUGUGUGAUUAUUAGCCUGCAGUAAUGAGAGAGCGAUCUGUCUGUCAGUGUGUUUAACUUUGGUUUUUAUUUUGGAUAAUAAAACAUGUUUAUAGACGGUGAUCAUCUGAGGGAAGUUGGAAACAUUGGGAGUGUAAAUGUCAGAGUCCUACUUUGCUGCCUGUGUCUGACUGACUGUAAAUAAGGGUGUGGUCCAGUGAAGAAGACAAAGUCCCUCUCUGCUGUAACCUUCACCCUCAGAGAAGUUUUAUUUGUCCCACAACACGACUACAAACUCGACAGUCAGUGAGGUUAUCAGCGUGGUCAGACAGCUGAGUCAGACACGGUUAGUCUGAAGAGGAAGUCCUGAUUCACCCUGAACAGUAAAACUACCAAACACACUUCCAGAGAAGCGCUCUGUACCUCUCCUGCCCUUGGGAACGUCUUGACCUUAUUCCCAGCCCUGAAACAAAGUGCUGUACCGACACAGUGAGGUCACUUUAUACCAGCCGCGGCAGGUUUCACUGUUCCCAGCAGCAGCAGCAGCCUCUGGAGGAUUCUCCCCUCCCUGCUCGUGUCGGUGUUACCUGCUGCUGAGAUUGCUUCAUCUCUGGGCUGUCACAUGUCUCGGCUCGCCUGACAGAUUUACUCGCUGAUUUCCAGGAUAGUUUUGUUCUGAUGGGACAGAUCCUCAGGGCAAGAGAGAGAGGGGAGGAAAACAACUCUGUUAUCUCAGGGGGAGCGUUAAUGUGCCAGCUCAGCUCUGAAGCGCAAACAUGCUUCAGUAUUUGUAGAGUGAAAUCAAAGAAAGUCGGUAGAGCUUUAGUGUUUUAUCUGACAUGGAAAGGUGCAGUGAGGAACUUCCAAUUUGUGUCCGUUUUGGCGCCUCCUUGUGGUCAAAGCUUCUCUUAUCCUCUACAUAUAUAAGUUCGAACUUCUGACAGAAAAAUCUCAUCCUGCUGGCUCUUGAAAGUCAGAGAUGUACUUUUUUUUAAGGGUAUCAUGUUGACACCUGACAACAAGAACUUAAAAUGCCGAUUUUUAGUUCCUUCUGGUUCCUCACUUAAGCCUAAUCUACUAAGGAGGUUAUAUAAGAGCUGAAUCAUGACCAACAUCCCUGUUUUAACCCAAAGUAAGUUCCUUUUAGAGGCAGAUUUCAGAUUGUGACACCAUCAGGUUUCACAAACGGUUCUCGCUCGCUAAAUCCUCGAUGCACGCUCAUGCAGGUUUUUUUCUUUAAGAGUCUAAACUUGUCGAAACAAGAAAUAAUGUCGUUUGGAAAGUCACAGUUUCAACAGGUGUCCCCUCAGGAGGAACUUUGAGUGUUGAUGGGUAAAGGUUUGGAAAUGCAGAGAACUUUUUAAAGAGCAUUCAGUCAUCUGGAUUUAAAGUCCUGCUUUUUUUUUUCAUAUUGUAGUAGAAAUUUCCGGAUUAUUGUUUUAUUAGUUUUUCUUUUUAAAUACUGUGGACUCGACCUAAAGCUGCUCUACAGAGGAAGUUGGAUGAGGUGUUUCACUGCUGAUCCCAGAACAGCCUUAGUUCACGUUAUACACCAUAAAACUGAGACGUCUAGGUGUGUUCAGAGAAUCUGUGUGUUCAGAGAAGUGCUGAAAGCUGAUUCGUCCACAGGAGGCGCCAAAAGUGACACAAACCACACUUUAACUUUAAUUAAGACCGGUGUGAUUUCCGACUCUGAGCUCCCUGUCGCCUUCCUCAGAAGAGUUACACGAUGAUGUUCUGGCGUUGCUUGUCAGCUGAUUUGUCCAGGUUUAGUUGUCCUACCUGAAGUGGCAGGAAGACCACGCCCCGUUAUGAAGGCAUGUGCCCCUCCUCAUCCCAGUUUACCAUCCUCUAGACCCUCUUCCUGAGCUCUACUGCCGCCUUAAAAGAAAUCCACACUGGUCUGACUACAAGAAAUGUUUAUCUUUAAUAUACAGUCGGACUAAAUGAACUUUUCUGGACCAGGAGAUUUAAUUAUUUGUUAAACGGUCCAACUAAAGACCUCCGUUUUACACCACUAUGACUUCUCUACGGCCUAAAAACGUAGAAAUUCAAUAAUAAGACAAAUUUUAUUCACUUUCUCACUCACAGUCUUUCUUUUGGUGCACAUGCUGCAGUCCUGAAUGACAGGAGAAAGUCUGACUCAGGUGUCACAGGUGUUUUGUACUCUAUAUCUCACCUUAUGUCUGAUAACAUGGACUUGUCAGGAUGUCCCACAGUGAUUUAAUUAAUUAUGACUUCAAGCGUCAGAGUGAGAAAUCCCGUCUCUCUCUCUCUCUCUUUGUGUUGAAUCCUCCGUCUCUUGACUGUCUCUGUGUCCUCUCCUUUGCUUUUAGAACACGCAGGAGACCAAUGUUUCCCCCGGACCCACCCCGCAGCCACAGGACGCCGGGGGUGUCAGAGCACGGUCCCGAGGAGGCUCAGGAGGAGGAGGAGGAGGUGGUGAUGGAGGAGGAGGAGGAGGGGGUGGGAACGGGAGCGGACCAGAGCAGAACGGACAACCCCCCGCCGCUCGGCCUCCUCGUGUAGUGGAGACCGACGAGGAAGAGGAUGAAGAGCUGACCCUCAAAUACGGGGCCAAGCACGUCAUCAUGCUGUUCGUCCCCGUCACCCUCUGCAUGGUGGUCGUCGUGGCGACCAUAAAGUCGGUCAGCUUCUACACCCAGAACGACGGGCAGAGAUUGUGAGUGUUGAGACUUUUUAUUGAGGGAAGAAAAUCAGAAAAAAUAAAAAAAAUUAGACUUUAUGGAUCAAGUUUAAAAUAUUUAUUCAAACUUUUAUGAUUUUGACAAGAAAAAAAAUACAAAAUGAGUGAAUUUUAACCCUUUUUUUUCCUGUUUUAGUGAAGUAAAAUAUUGAAUACCUUAUAGAAAGCAUGAACAGAUAUUUGGAAACAUAUUUUAACAACAAAAAACGGAUAAAAUGCUAAAAUUAUUUAAAAAAAGGGAUUUUAGAUGUUUUUUUUUAACUCUUGAGUCAACUCUGCCUUCACUUUUUCAGUUUGAAUGAGCUGCAACACAGCCGCAGUGCCACUAGGGGGAGUUAAUGCAAUGAAUAUCACACCUGUACGGUUUGACUGGAUCUGGAUCUUUAAGGGUUUCUGAUUUUUAUUGAGGUUUGUCUCUGAACUUUUUUCCCCCCUUUAGGAUUUACACGCCGUUCCCUGAAGACACGGACACAGUAGCACAAAGAGCCGUCAACUCCAUCCUGAACGCCACCAUCAUGAUCACUGUGAUCAUCGUCAUGACCCUGGUGCUGGUGCUGCUCUACAAGUACCGCUGCUACAAGGUGAACACCCUAAAAAAAAACAUGAAUAUUUUAAGACUUUAGAGACAGAACAGAAAAAAACGUUCGUAGGAAAACAAACCUCCCAUGUGGUUUCAUCUUGUCAUCACAGACUCAUUUAGACCGCGGGUGUCUGGGUGGAGUCAAAGUGGACUCUGUGUACUAACAGUUUUCUCUCAGGUGAUGUUUGGACUUGUCGUGCACAGAGGUGUACCCGCUGUUACACCAACCUCAUUCCAUUAACGUCUGCCAGCUCUGAUCUCUCGGCGUGCCGACACGGUCUAAUGGCUUCCAGGGAAAUUUCAUAACCCAGCCGUCGCUAAUGUUGUUAGUUCUACCUUUGUUUUCCCUGACGGAGAUCUGUCUGCUCAAGACUAUCAUACUGACGACUGUUACUGUUUUAAAAAGAUCUGUAACCUGAGGGUACGUGAGGUAAAACUGGAGGUCGAGUUUUUAGAUCGUGUCAGUUUGGCUUCAAAUAUUCAACGAUUCUAGUCUGCAGAGUCACUAAAGAGCUGCUAGUGCACCACCGCUCUGAAGUCUGAGUUUGUUUGGACCAAAGGGAAUUAAAGGAAAAAGAUGAUUUUAAAAAGUAAAGUUAUUUAAUGAAUGAGGCAAAAAGGCACAUCUGAUUAUAAGGCGCACCAUCAAUGAACAUGUCGAUUUUCAUACAUAAGGCCCACCAGAUUCUAAAGCGCAUUAAGCCAAACAAAACAGUCAGAUAAGUCAAACUUUAUUUAACUCGUUCAAUAACUCCGUGAGGCUACGGUAGCCGAGGUGCUCUGACAAAACAAAAGGAUUUUAAGUGCGAGUUACAGUGCGAAAAAUACGGUAACUGUCAGUUAAAAAAUCAACAGUUACUAACUUAUUAAAGAAUUACAUAUAAAUGAGUGCUGACGAAUUAUAACGUAACUUAAUAUAUGAAGAUAGGUCAUUAAAUUAGGGGAAAAAAUAAAGAUAAAAAGAAAAAAGUCAUUAAAAAAACAUAAAACUGAUAUUAACAGAUUUAACAUCUGUGUCCACAGUAACUUUUAAAAAGUAAUUUGAUUACUGAUUACUCCUUCAAAAAGUAACUAGUUACUAAACUUGUUGAUUUUAAAAGUAACUAAGAUAAAGAGUAACUUUUUAAGUUACAUUCAGCAGCUUUAACAUAUAAAUAACAACCAUUUUCUUUCCAACACUCACUUUAUUGGAAGUUUAAUUUUAACAGGAAUGUCAAAAAAAUCCAUGUAUAUAAAAAAAAGAAAUAAAGAAAAUCUUUCUUGACUGACGGAACAUAAACAAUUUUUAAAAUAAAAUAAAAUAUAAAAUAAAGACAGUCUUUAACUUAGCGGCUGUAUUUCCAGCUCGAGAACGCGCUCGUCUCUCCUCCCUCCAUUGUUGUUUGUUUAUGUUUUCGUUUUGCGGCGGCUGCUUCAUGUUUGUGCACAUGUAUUACACGUGAGUGGUCCUCGUGUUGAAAACGUGCCUUGCGCCUACGUGACUGGCGCAACUUCCUCCGGACAAAAACAAAUCGUCUAUUUUUUUUUUUAAGGAAACUGAGAAAAAAGUAACGCACACAGUGACUUGGACGUGCAACUUAAAUCUAAUUACUGGUUUGGAAAUAGCAACACGUUAGAUUCCUCGUUAUCGAAAAAAUUUAGAGUAACUUAUUAGAGUAACUAGGUAACGUGUUUGUGGCAUCACUGUUUAAAAUGAUUCAUUAAGACUUCACAUUUGUAAAACGAGUCACUUUUGGAGCCUCCAGUGGCCACAUGAGGAACUGCAGGUUUAGGCGCUUUAACAGGAUCAUGGACUCUGACUCUGUCCUCACUCCUCACAGGUGAUCCAGGGCUGGCUCUUCCUCUCCUCCCUCCUCCUGCUCUUCUUCUUCUCCUACAUCUACCUCAAGUAAGCCUCCGCCCUUCCUCUGACUCUCAUAAAUGUCGAGUUUUUUUCUCGUUCUUUACGACGUCGGAUCGAGUCUUUCCAGGUGCGUCUGUCAUGUUUCUGCUCUGACCCGCAGAGAGGUUUUCAAGACCUACAAUGUGGCCAUGGACUACUUCACCCUGGCAGUGAUCAUCUGGAACUUUGGCGUGGUGGGCAUGAUGUGUAUUCACUGGAAAGGACCUCUGCGGCUCCAGCAGGCCUACCUCAUCAUGAUCAGCGCCCUCAUGGCUCUGGUUUUCAUCAAGUACCUGCCAGAGUGGACCGCCUGGCUCAUCUUGGCCGUCAUAUCUGUCUACGGUAAAUCCCCUCUCUCUCUCUUUUAUGAUCUGAGUACUUCUGAGGAAAACGCCCGACCUUUUAAAAGCUUUUUUUUUUAAGUGCAUCAGUGUUCAGACAUCUGGUUUCUUUUAGAGGAAAUACUCUGAUUUAAAACACAUGAUCAGAACAAGAUCUUAACUCGGACUGAAAGGGACGAACCCAUCGAUCAGCGCGCUUCAUCUUUAACCACAUUUCCUCUUUCUGCCGGUGUCUUUUUCUGAGGAGAGGAUGUUUCUCAAUCGCUGAAAUCUUAUGCAAAUGCUUCUGGGAAAUGUAGGUUUAGAAAUCUCGAAGAAAAGGGAAGGAGACGACUAAAUAAAGGUCGAUAAAGGAAGCCUGUUGUGUCUCGAAACGGCUCGAAAAUCAGUGUCGCUAUUUGCUUUAAAGAUGUUUUUUGUUUGUUUGUUUGUUUUGAUGCACUAAAACAGGAUUUUUAAGUCCAGAAAAAAUGAUAAACCAGCAGUAAAUAUGAUGGAUGUGAAGUUUGCAGAGGUCCAGUUCCUGCAGGGAGGUGCAGACAAAACACGGACUCAACAUUUCAAAUGUUUUCAUGCUUCACUUUAACUUCAGGGACGUUUUGUCCGCCGUGACGUUUCUUGUUUUUUUGGGGCGUUUGGUUCCAUUUCUGAGAAAACCGGAAACUCUAACAACAUACAGGACAGUUUAGGGGAUUCUGGUGUACUCAGGAGUUUACUGUUUCUGGAAACCGUGUUUUUAAAAAACAUGGAACAUGGAUGCCCGUUUCAGUCCGUGGUUUAAGUGCAUGCUUCAUAUGCAGAGGGGCGGCGCAGCAGGUUCCACACAUGGCCUUGGCGUUCUGUUAUGUUUCUCUUUACAAACAUUUCCUGUCUGGUCAAAUAAAGUUAAAAUGACCCUAAAAAAAACUGUUUGUUAUUGUAAGCACCCACUUUGUUUUCAGAGCGAACUCUCCUCUACAAACUGUGAACAAAAUUCAGCCAUCGCUGCCGUCCUUUACUCUGACUCUGAACCCUGCAGCAGCAAACACAGAAACACACAAGCUCCACACACACAGAGCGCUGUUCCACCCUGUCAGCUCCAAUUCAAAAGUUGUAUUUAUUUACACAUUAUUAAAAGAGCAGAAAUGUUAUAAAGUGGCUGUAGUGUCUCUGUCGUCAGCUGUAGGACGACGUUACGCCUCUGUCCACGUCUCAUUAGAGGCGAGGUGUAGCGGAGCGUCACUGUCUCACUUUGUUUCUUUGUCAGAAACGGUGCAGCUGUUUGUUUCAGCAGGAAACUCUUCAGCCCCGUCCUCCUGUGAAGCUGCUGCUUCUGUUUGGUGGUUAACCUCUCUCUCUCUCUCUCUCUCUCUCUGUCUCUCUCUGUCUCUCUCUGUCUCUCUGUCUGUCUCUCUCUCUCUCUCUCUCUCUCUGUCUCUCUCUCUCUCUCUCUCUCUGUCUCUCUCUGUCUCUCUGUCUGUCUCUCUCUCUCUCUCUCUCUCUCUGUCUCUCUCUCUCUCUCUCUCUCUCUCUCUCUCUCUCUCUCUCUCUCUCUCUCUCUCUCUCUCUCUCUCUCUGUGUCUUUCUCUCGUUCUCGCUCUCUCUCUCUCAGAUCUGUUAGCGGUGCUCUGUCCUAAAGGGCCUCUCAGGAUCCUGGUGGAGACGGCUCAGGAGAGGAAUGAACCCAUCUUCCCAGCUCUCAUCUACUCCUGUAAGACGGAUCAUACAAACAAACUUCAACUUGUUCAGUUUCAGAUAAAAAAUAAAAUAAAACAACGUAGAAAUAGAAAAACUAGAGAGGCUGACCAGCUGUUUAUGAGACUUUUUUCUGAUCGACUCUUUCCUCACUUUAAGGAUAUCUUUAAACACAUUUCCAAACUUUCAGGAGAACUUUUCAUCAACUUUCUGCACAGCGACACUUGUCCAGUGUACAAAUAGAGUAAAACACAAACAUAUGAGCGCUUAAAGGAGAUGAAAUCAUGGUUAUAACAGAGAAAUAAUAAAGUAACAGCUGUGAUCAGAAAAUAACAUAAGUUAGUUACAUGAAAAUGAAAGUUAAAGACUGAUUUUAAAGUUAAAAAGAAAAGUUUCUGGUUAUUUUCUUUCUCUUGUUUAUUUUGAAUUCUCCGUGUUCGACAUUUGAUUAAAUCUAUCGUCUUGUUUCUUCGUCCUCAGCGACCAUGGUGUGGCUGGUCAACAUGGCCGACACAGACAGGCCGAAGAGAAACUCCACAGACGCAGCAUCGCCCCAGCAGGAGACCGCAGACGGUGAGCUCGCUGUCGCAGCAGCAGCUGUUGUUUUCUGUUUUUAUUUCUGAGGUUUAACCUGCAGCCGAGUGUUUACCUUUCAACUCGAGUGUUUAGUCUGACCGCUGACUCUCGUCUGCAGCCGUCGCGUCCCCGGCUCCCUCCAGUCUGUCGCAGGACGACGGAGGCUUCACCCCCACCUGGGUCAACCAGCAGCAGCACCAGCUGGGGCCGAUCCAGUCCACGGAGGACACCAGGCGAGAGAUCCAGGAGAUGCCGUCGGCUCGUCCUCCCGUUGAUGACGACGAUGAGGAGAGUGAGUGAUGAGAGCGGGAUCCUUCACGCUGUGUUUGAUGAUUUUAGUGAACGGUUACGGUUAGCGUGUGUUGACUUCAAGUCUUUUAUCGUCUUUUAUUGUUGGCGGUGAAGCGUCAGCGCCCUCCGCGGCCUCUGCAGUCACUCAGCUUUAAUAUUCCUCCGAUGAAGAGCUAUUUGAUCUCUUUAGUGCUUAAUGAUCUCUUUAAUAAUUGAUCUGGACUUCCAUUUAGUUAGAUUUACAUCAACGACAACAUCUAAAACACAUCCUGUCUCUCUUAACAGCGGUUAAACAGAGCAGAUGAUGGAUGAUGAAUUAUUAAUCACUGCCUCACAUAAAAUCGAGCCCGCACUCACGCCUCUUUUUAAUAUUCGUUUAUGAUUGAAGCUGCCGUCUGAGCUGAAGUUGUAAACGUGUGAACACGGGAGUUAAAACGCCCCAAAGCACAAAGAGAGAGACAUGACUUACAACGUCCUGAGGCUGGUCACGACACGUGUUUUUAUCAAUUAUUAAAAGAGAUGUUAGUCUUUUUUAAGCUGGGCCCUGUUUUUGCAUAUUUUACAGCCUUAAUGACUCUAAAGUGAACAAAAAAAUUGUUUCACAGAUCAGCAGUAAUGUCAUCUACUUCCUGAUUUAAGUUUAAUCCACUCAGAGGAAGGGCGUUCUUACUUUAAUUAUCUAAUCUGGUCCAAAUUUAUCAAUAGAGUGCAUUUUAAAACAGCAGGGGUCGGAGAGAAGUAAAAGAAGAAAAUAAAACAACAAUUUAAAAUGUUUUGUACGGAGGAGGACUAGGGCCACUGGAAAAAAUAAAAAAGAAGGUCCAAUAUAAUUUUUUAAAUUAUUAUUCUGAGAUUAAAGUCAGAAUUCUUACUUUUUUUUUAGAAUAAUAAUUUUUUAAAAUUAUUUCGGACCUUUUUUUUUUUUUCCCGGUGGCCCUAAUCCUCUUUAGUUUUGAAGUUAAACUGGGCGGCUGGAGACAGAAGGUAGCACAGAGUUGGCGAAGCCAUGCAGAAAGGGGUCAGUGUCAGGAGUCGAACCAUAGACUGUAUAUAGAAUGGACGCCGUUUACCUCCCCGCUUGGUAAAGCCACCACAAGAACAGCACCCUCUAGUGACGGGCUGCAGUAUAGGUCAUAAGUCCCGCCUCCUCCAGAAAUCCCUAUGGAGCUGUGGACAAACUUUAUAAAUUAAUUACACAGGGCGUUCAGAGAUUGCGUAGCUCAGCAGGGAUACGCUGUUUGAGCUGAGCGUCAUCACAGCGACUCUCCCACCGGACGCUACUUUGCAAAUGCCGGUUUCAGGAAAUGGAGAGAAAUCCCCAAAAUUCGUACAAUGACGGGAGGCGGAGUCAUGUCAUUUGUAUUAUAUCCAGUCAAUUAGUCGAACCAGUAAUCACUGCAGUAAGGACUGUCGCUCUUUGUGAGCAGCUUCAACCAGACAAGCUCAGACUGUUAUUUAUGUCGUCUUUGUUUAGUUUUGUGUCUUACCCACUGUUGUUGUUUUGGAUCCAAACUGUUUUAAACACUUUUAAUUUGGUUAAAAAAAUCUGCGGAUUGCCCUUUAAAACAAACACAUCAACAAUUACAGCUCCAGUUUGUUUGUCGUUUCAAAUCAGAAGCUGAAACGUCCGUCUUCUGUUUGAUUGUUUGACUCUAAAUCCCGACAUCUCUUCAUAAUCACUUUAUUUAAACGCAGCGUUACCCUUCAUAUACGACUCUCUGUUGGUUUGUGUUCGUAUAAAACCGAGCAUCGCUUUAUAACCAAAAACAAAACAACAUUCUGAGUUUAAAUUUACAUAUUUAAAUCUCAGCUCUGUAAUUGAGUCUCUCCCUCAUUGUCUUCACUGUCUCCUCUCAGUGUGUAAUCAUCAUCAUCAUCAUCAUCAUCAUCGUCUUUCACGUCCUUCUCACCGACACCUCGGCCGUUUCCGGAGGUUUUUAUGAGUCCUGCUCUCUGUACGGUGGCCCCUCCAGACUGUAUUUAGUCCGCGCACAUUAGGAGGCGAUUAUUUGUGUCGAUUGCUAGGUUUGGUGUGUCCAUACUGCGCUCUGCUCUAACCUACAGCCCGGGUAAAUACGGGGUCCGAGCUCUUGUUUCUGCAGUAAUUACAGCUGAGGGAAGAUUUCCUCGGGGGUAAGGGCGCGGCGCUGAAGCGAUCUCCUGUUUUUUUUUUUUUUUGACUUGACUCCACCCUGACUGUGGUGUCCUACUGUGCUUUCAGGGGGCGUAAAGCUGGGCCUCGGGGACUUCAUCUUCUACAGCAUGCUGGUGGGGAAAGCCUCGGCCACAGCCAGCGGCGACUGGAACACCACGCUCGCCUGCUUCGUAGCCAUCCUCAUUGUGAGUGACCGCAGCUGCUUAUUUUUGUGUCCGCCACAACCUCACAACACAAUAUGUAACCCGGCUUUAUGUCAACCACUUGAUUAUAUAACCUGUGGUGUUUUUGUGCCCCUGACUGAGCGGGGUCUGUGCGGUACACAACGUGCCCUUUCCCCGGUUUUAUUUUGUCUGCGUCUGCUCCCACAGGGCCUGUGCCUGACCCUGCUCCUCCUCGCCAUCUUCAAGAAAGCGCUCCCCGCUCUGCCCAUCUCCAUCUUCUUCGGCCUGGUCUUCUACUUCGCCACCGACAACUUGGUGCAGCCCUUCAUGGACAGGCUGGCGCUUCACCAGUUCUACAUUUAGCAGGAUGCUGCCCUGAUAACUCUCACCCACAUAGCCCUCCGGCCAACAACACGACGACAGCGGUCCCUUCACAGCCGGGGAACAAAGGGCGAUGCCGGGGCCUCUCCCGCCCCCACAUCCCCUCCUAAAGACUCAUGAUGAUGGGACACAAGUUGUUUUUGUUCUGCCUUUUUUCCCCGGCGGCGAACGGGGGUCCCCCCCACACCCCCUUCAGCAGCAGCUGUUCUUAAACGUUUUAUUUCACUUUUAAAAACCAAGGAGUGACAUUCCCCGCUCGACUUGGGAGCUCAUCCUCAAAUUGCCGAUCAGCGGCCGCUCUCAGGCUCAAUCCAAACGGGGGCGGAAGUUGGCGGGGGUCUUUUAUUUAUGCAGGGAAGCUUGCCUCCAUUCUCAGCUCCACAUCCACACAGUCAUACCUGGAAGCUUCUCCAGCAGGGGGCGGUCUUUACAGCAGGUGCCUUGCUCAGGGACACCUCGGCGGUAGCUGUUGAGCAAAGGGGGAGACUGUUUCUUUAAAUCUCCCUUCAAAGACGUUAAUCUUCGUUUUUACCCCGCGAUCUAAAAACAAGAGCGAGCAAACCUCGUGGAUCUAACGGACGCCGUCUGAUGGUCUCGAUUCUAGACUGGUUCACGUGUAGUUUGAUUGUGUUUGAGCUGUCGGUCACCAGACGUGCUUUUCUCACCGCUGUUAAGGAAGUUAAAACGUAUUUCUUUCAACUGAAAUCACGUGAAAACCAAAGCUCUGAAAUCUGAGCCGUUUUUUCACCCCCUAAAAAGAAAAAAAAAGCAGAAUUUUAAGUUUUGAAGUGAAAUUCUAAGUGAUCAGAUUUGUUUAAAUUCACAGCCUGCAGAGGGAGAAAAGCUCACACACACACACACACUUACACUUACACACACACUUUUACACUAACACACCCACACACUCACACCUGAGACUUGCCUGCCAUGUCGGUCGUGUACUGUCAGCCACUGAGCAGUUCUGCUGGAGCAGUCGGAGGUUCAGUGCCUUGCUCAAGGGCGUUUCAGUAAUAGAUGUUGUCGUUCUCGUGUGACAGAAAUGUGCUUUUCAUUCUCUCUCCCCUCACUGAGAGUCCAUCGGAUCCAUUUUUCUACAGGGAUUGUAACGCGUGAUCAUCAAACUCUGAACCUUUAGGCUUCAGCCGCCCUCAUGACGCUUACCUGGUGCUGUCUGGAACUAUGCUACAUCGAACCUGAAAAUGAUUUCCACUACACAGUGAUAAUUUUUUUCAAGAUAUGCAGAAAAUUAACUUUGUACUUUUUCACGGGGGGGUUCAGAGAAAACUGGGACAGAAAUUCUGCCCGUCCAAAUCCAGCCGUAGUUUAAUUUGAUUCCCAAAUUUGUUUAGAAACGAGACGAAUCGAUUUUUUCAAACGAACCAAAAAGCUAAACUGAAGAGUAACGAUGAGCAAAAACCCAAACUCAGAUGUGGGAUCAUGCAGACUGACAGAGGAGGAGGAGGAGGAGGUGUGACGAUUGCUCUCUUGUUGAAGUUUCGUGCUUUCUUAGGAGAAACCGUGUGAGAGCAGAACGGUAACAUUUCCUUCCCUUGUUUUGUUUCUGGGGAUUUUUUGGGGUGAUUAGCUUUUUUUUCUGUCCUUCACAUGCAUUUGUGUGUUUAUGCAAAGUUAUUCAAUUCAGAUUUUGUUUUUUUAAUAAAUAACGAAACCCAAACAUUCUCUGUUUUGCACAUUUUUUAUGCGUCCUUAUUUCUAUUUCUUCUCAGCCGGGGCCGACCAGAGCAGAGUUAGACGGCCAAUCAAAAUAUGCGAGUGUUGGUUGUGGGUGAGCAUGUGCACACAUCCCAUGUAGGUACACAGCUACUGGGGAUUUUAACCACAGAGAGAGACGCCGGUGUGUUUCAGACUCUCCUCCAGAGACACUGUAGUCUUGGUGAUGCACAGAGUCAGAGAGGAGUUUGGCCGACAGCAGAAAAAUGAUGUGCUAAUCUAAGGGCAGCAUGAUAGGGGACAAAUAACCAACGCGAUAGACAUGUUUACAUGGGCAAAACGUCUUGAUCUGGUUAAAAAUUUGAGGGAUCAGAAAAUCUGAAUCUUCUGUUUAUAUGGGUGCAAAAUCAAAUUAUCCGAUUAUGAGUUUGUUUCAGAUUAGAAGCUUUUGGACAUGCGCAGAGUCGUCUAAUUUCGCUAAAACAACCACAGAAGAAGAAGAGUUGUGUUGACACCUGUGCUGUCAACAAACCAACAAACGUGUCAGGGGCUCACUUCAUCUAAUUCAGGAGUUUUCCCUCCUGGUAAAUGUCACUAGAUGGCGCCCUUGCUUACUUAUUUUACUGUUCUGUCAAAGGUUGUACUGUACGUGCAGAUGUGACAUCAUUACGAUGUACGUACACUUUGUUAUGUUAUCGGAGGAGCAGACACGUUAACUGCAGUUGUGUUUUAAGCCAGAGUGUUAAUAACGAAACCUCCUGAACUGACCUUAAUAAAUAAGCUAAAGAUUGAAGAUCGAGUCAGGUAAGAGAGUCACAAUCGGAAUAAGUGUUUACAUGGACGCGUUUCGGAAUAACGGAUCGGCAUAAACCUCCCCUAUUGAUCGGAAUACAAUUUCUUUCCGAUUGAGCCGAGUUGGAUCAGAAUCUUCCAAU